UUUCCGGGUUUCCGAGAAGGGACCGAUAAAACGAUGUCAGCGAGUAUGGCUCUGCCUGCAGGUCAGGAGUGCGGGUAAAGUUUUCCGCAGCUUCGUGGAAACGGUUAAAAGUUGCCCUUAAACGCUUAAUUUUGUCAAAGUGUUAACUUCCAGGCAGCCGGACUGCGCUGACACUGACAGCUGGAAAGUAAACAGGUCGAUGCUAACCAGCUAGCUGCCGCUAGCUCCGCAGUGUAGCCGCCGCUAGCCGAGCUGCAGCUAACGUUAGCCGGCUAACCUGUGAGUGUUUCUCGGUAGACUUGCCAGCUCCUAUUUUUUUUGUCAAACUGCAACGACGACGGAUUUGUCGCUUUCCAUUCAUGUUGUUUUGGAGGAAGAUAUUAAUACACGUCUUGUUCUUCGAGCCCCAGGGAGUCCCCGUGUGUCGUCCCAGCUGAGAUCGUAAAGUCACUUUACCCCCCCCCCCCCCCCCCCCCCCCCCCCCCCCACCCCACAGAAAGGUGCCAACAGAGGAACAGGAUGCCUGCUCCUCCCCCUCCCCCUCCUCCCCCAGGACCCCCGCCCCCCCCAUCCUUCAGUCAGAACACGUCUGCUCCCAAACUGGGCUUAUCCGGGGGUAAAGGCAGAGGAGCGCUGCUGUCGGACAUCUGCAACGGCGCCAGACUAAAGAAGGUCUCUGAAGUCAACGACCGGAGCAGUCCCGUUAUAGAGAAAGCAGGAGGCGGCGGCGGCGGCGGCGGUGGUGGUGGUGGAGGUUUUGGAGGCGGAGGGCCGAUGGGAAUGGGAGGUCUGUUCCAAGGAGGAGUGCCAAAAUUACGCGCAGUUGGAGAUGGUUCAGCCGCAGGUUCUGUGGGCAGAUCCGCCCUGCGGCCCCCAGGGGCCCGAUCCGCGGCCCCUCGCCCCCCCAUAGGCCGCUCCUCCUCGCCCUCCCCUCACCCCCCGACAGGCCGCUCCUCCUCACCCUCCCCUCGCCCCCCCACAGGCCGCUCCUCCUCACCCUCCCCUCGCCCCCCCACAGGCCGCUCCUCCUCGCCCUCCAUGGCCAACAAGCCCUCUCCACAAGACCACCAGCGCUCGCACCGCCCCUCGCUCCCCGACAUCUCCCGUCCCUCUACAGGCGGCGGGAUGAAGCACAGCACCUCCGCCCCACCUCCUCCUCCACCCUUCAACAGAGGAGGCCGCAGCAACGCUCCGGCUACCUCCAAUCAAAAAGCACAUGCGCCACCUUCCUCAUCCUCUUCUCACAGCCGAGAGAAGCCCCUCCCACCGACCCCCAACAGAGGCCACACCCCUCCCAGCUCCGUGAAGCCGCCUCCGUCAUCCAGCAGACCGCCGACAGGUGGCUCCUCAGCUCCUCCACCUCCUCCGCCGUACAGACCGAACACAUCGAGCGGUGUCUCUAACGGGCCGUCCCAUGUCGAUGGUGGGGGGGCUCCAGAGCUGCCGCAGAGGCACAACUCCCUGCACAAAAAGCACGCAUCAGGAGGCAGCAGCCAAGGACGCAGCCACGCUCCUCCACCUCCUCCGUCAUCGUCUCCAUCCUCCCAGCAGGCCGGCAGACCGCCACCACCCGCCAGAGAGCCACCUGGACGCAGAACAGCUCCCCAGGUGCCUCCUAACGGAUCUCGUAACAGCGGUCGGGACGCCCCUCCUCCCCCACCUCCAUACCGCGUCCACAGCUCUGUGGCCUCAGAGGCCCACAGCCGGGUGAGCAAACCACCCCCACCGCUCUCCUCUUCCUCCUCCGUGUCAUCAUUAUCCUCCCGAACCCCGGCUGGACCCCCUCCACCGCCCCCGCCCAUCCGGAACGGCCACUCCUCCAUCUCCUCCUCCAAGUCCAUCAUAGAUGAUUUUGAAUCCAAGUUUAACUUCCACCCUAUCGAAGACCUUCCCCCUCCAGAGGAGUACAGGCAUUUCAACAAGGUCUACCCCAGCAAAACCAACAAGACCAUGAUGAGAGGAGCUCCUCCUGCGCCGCCGGUGGGGAGGUGAACGGACCUCAACUCAGGUAUUUAACUGUCAGCCGACUCCAGCGACGGUCGGUGGAGUAGGGAGGGAGAGAGAGGUAGAGUGGUGAAGAAGCACUCAAAUCACAGCACACUACAACACACACUAACACUAAAACCACCAGCUGGAAGCACAAAGUCAACACUACGACACCGCGCAGGUUUGACGCGGCUCUUCGCCGGACACCUUCUGUCUUUGCACAAGAGAACAAAAAAAACCACUCUGAGGUCCGGAGCGACCGCCUCCACGUCUCCUCUGCUGACCGGACGUCAAAGCUUCAGUCCGACACAAACGUAUCAGGACCAAACUCCAAACACUUCCAAAUCUGUGCAUUCCACCUUUUUCCCUUUUAAUGCAUAAUCGUGAUGAUGAUGGUGAUUUUUCGUAAUUCUGAAUAACGUUUGAUUUGAUUUUGUUGGUGUCAGCAUUCAUUUGUAGAGAGGGGGGAGAAAUUCAACACUACAAAUGAGAAACUGUCUUUUGACUUAAUGUUUUCAGCAGGUGAAUUCUGAUGAUGCCAUGAAUGUUUGGGCUUAUUGUCGGUAAUAUAUUUUUUAAUGAUUUUGUUUUUGGUUAUAUUUUGUCUUAAAUAGCCAUGUGCCAGGCGAGGGAGCGUCUGAAUCCACUGUCAGUGUGCCAAAAGCAGGUGGAGUCAAAUGAACUGCACAGGACGGUUUCCAUACAAGUUUUAUAAUUAACAUGUUUUAAAUUCACUGUUUUUGAUCAAGAAAAAUUUACAAAAUGCAUCACUGGAAAGUAGGGCUGAACAAUUUAUCUAAAUGUUAUCGCAGUUUGACCAACAACAGUUUUAAUAUCACAGGAUGUGUUUCAAAAUAACAUUUUUAAUGUAAAGGUUGUGCUGCAGAGACAUCCUGACCUUCACUUCAUAUUCUUCAGACUUGCAGAAAUCCCACUAUAAUCAUUUUAAUGUUUUUCAAUGAAAUUGAGAAUAUUUACGUAAAAAUUAUCAUUCCCUCAAAUCAUAUCGCACUUUCUAAUGAUCGCAAUGAGAUAUUUUUCUAAAUCGUUCAGCCCUACUGGAAAGCUCACUAAGCCUCCCCGGUUGUUUGUUUUUACAUCUUGGAGACGGUUUCCUGCUUUUAUUUGUUUAGUUUUUGUACUGCUUCCCUUUUUUAUUUUGAAGGCGUCUGUUUCCAUCUUCAGCCGAUGUUGCACAACAUAACUGCUAAACCGACACACUGUGCGUGACGCUUAUUUAUGCACUUAUGAUAACGGGGAUCAGGAUUCACAUCAUGUGACUAAACAAACUCAGAGGGUUCAUUCCUGAUGUUUCCAGGUGUGUUUGACUGUACUUCACAUAGAGGACACACAGCGGAGGAACACUAAAUUAUUGUUUGUCUACUGGACCAAGUUUGUAUGAUUUAGCUGCAGGUUUGCGGUGCGGAGUUUGGACGUGUUUAUAAGGGAUCAUUUAUCAACUCUGUUCUGAAUCUAUUUUACUUUUGCUGCUGGUUGCCCUUUUUUUCUUUUUUUUUAAUAGGACUGUACGGCCAGAGGACGAUAUAUUGUUUAAUUGCUAUGCAAGGAGCAGUUUGUACAGAUUGUAGUUGGUAGCAGCUAACCAAAAAAAAAAAAAAAGCAAAACUUAAGUGCCAGAACUGUUGAAGCAGAUGGAGGUUCUUUACUUUUCUUUAAGCUUGACUUUAAAACACAAAUUACAUCAUAUUCAAACUAAGACGAACAAAAAGAAAUGCUCAGAUUCUCAGUGACGCAGCGCCCCCUGCUGGUCCGAGCCUUCAAGUCUGUUGUCACUCACCGGUACCAGUGCUUUCUGUUUCAGUUUUUUAGAGGAAGAUGAUGACAACAAGGUAAAUAAGAAACACGUUUAUUUGAAAAUGCAAUAAAUAUUGUAUAUUUACUUUAAGGAAUAUGGUAAUCAUAGUUAUUGAUCUAUUUGUAUGUUGUAAAAAGCUGUAAUAUAGGAAAGAGAAAUGAUUAUAGCGAUGUUCCAGUGGGUGAGCUUCGGUCUGACUGUAGCACUUCUCUGGAUGUUCGGCCAUAAGGGUCAAUGAGCUGAAUGGAUGUGUGUGAGGUUUUUUGUUUGGGGAUCCUGUUUCUAUAACUGGAGUGACAGGGUGUGUUUGUGUGAUUGGGGGGGGGGGGGGCGGACGACAACACAACACAACACAACACAAAGUCACUCCACAGCCUGUCCUUGGAUACACGCUCACCUUGUCACACAGGUGACCGACACGUUUCUGUCUCCUGUUCUCACAUCGUCCACUCUUAAGAGCCCCCUGUGGUCAUUUCAUGUUAAUCAACCAUGUUUUUAUCAUUUGAAUCAUUUCAAAUAAAUGUGGGGAAAAAGGGAA